AUGGAUGCUCCUUUUUUCAACAAUCGUGUAUGGUACCAGCAACCCGAUCCGAAUCUCCGUCGUUUCCCUUAUUCCACUCCAUUUCGUGGGGUGCCCGUUUACCAGGUGGAUCCGGAAUCGGAAACCCAUCGACCAGCUCAUCUCGUCAGACGCCCGCCUGGAGGAAAUCCUGGCCCGAAAGUUGUUCAGAUUCCGAUUCAGUUUGUCGGGUCGGAAGAAGUAGACCGUUCGGGGUCUGCCUUGAAGAUACAGAAGGUUUUCAGGGGAUUCUUGGCGCGCAAGUGUUUGAGGAAGAUCAAGGAUAUCAAAGUUCAGGUGGAUGAGAUUGAGGAGAGGCUGUCGACGAGCGAAGUUAGGGAUUUGGUUCGUAGGGAUGAGAGAGAGCGGGUGAGGCUGAGCGAGAGUUUGAUGUCUCUGCUGUUUAAGCUGGAUUCGAUUCGUGGGGUGGAUUUUGGGGUCAGGGGUUGCAGGAAGGCUGUGAUUCGCAAAGUGAUUGCGUUGCAAGAGAAGAUUGACGCAAUCGUUGCAAUUGAUUUGGUGGGAAAUGGUGAGAAUUGUGAAAGUGUUGAUCAAGAGGCUGAAAUUAAGGUUCCUGUGAUGACUGCUGGCUCGAACCAGAACGAUGAACCGAAGGAUUCGUGUGAAAAUGGCGACGAUUCGGAGGGUACAGAGCAAAGUCAAGAAAUUAUAGAGGCCGUGAGUUGUGGAGGAGGAGGGAAUGAGGCUAUGGGAGUUGAGGGGAAUGAUGGGGAAGUCGAGAUGAAGGACGUUGGCGUCGAACAAGACUUGAAGGUUAACGAAGCAAAUUAUGGUGAAAAUUGUGUUGAUACAUCGAAUCUUGAUUUAGUGAAGGAGAGCCUUGACGGUGUGAAGGAGUGGUCAAGUGAGACGAUUGAGAACGAUAAGGUUGGUGAUCGGGUUGAGGGCACGAACGAGGGAAAAGGGGCGGAUGAGAAUAAAAGAAACAGAGAGUUGUUGGAGAGGAUGGUGGAGGAGAAUGAGAAGAUGAUGAGGAUGAUGACACAGUUGUUUGAGCGGAAUGAAGCGCAGACGAGGAUGCUAAAUGCGUUGACACACAGGGUGGGGUUGUUGGAGAAGGCUUUUGUGUGUGACAGGCUGAGGAAGAAGAAGAAGUGCAAGGCGGCUGCGGGCAGAGAAGAUUGA